GCGACAAUCGAUCUCACGCACUGGCCGGUAUCCGUUCGGUCCUUAGUCCCGUCCGUCAAUCUGUGGCGUCAGCCACAUGCCGCGAGUAAUGCCUUUUGAUGCGUGGCCGUGCUUUUGGUACCUUCACACCGCAUAGACAUUGUUGCAUCAUCAUCAUGGCUUCCUUUGCGACAAGCUUCUCUACUACUCUGCGAGUACGAGUGACAUUCCAUCCCUGUACGAGUACGAGUGACAUUCCAUCCCUGUACGAGUACCUCGGGUGUCGCACAUCAUCUCAAAUCAAACGUAGUAUGCUCAGCCACCCCUAGUCUCUGUUCCUAUGCUGGCCAAACCCCUUACAGGACCAUCACCAGACUACUCGAGUACUACUUAAGUUUACGCCUUGCUAGCUAUUGCCCAAUUUGUACACGUAG